UGAAGUCCCGCGGGAAGACCGGAGAAAGUAGAGGCGGAGCGGCGCAGCAUCGCACCGUGUACGGUGCUGCGGUGUCGGAGGGAGUGGAUGAGCAGCCGGAGCUGACCCAGAGAUGGCUGUUCUCAAACUGGCCGACCAGCCUCCUCUCAUCCAGGCGAUAUUCAGCGGGGACCCUGAAGAGAUUCGCAUGCUCAUAUACAAGUCUGAAGACAUCAAUGCUCUGGAUGCAGAGAAGCGCACCCCGCUGCAUGCAGCGGCCUUCCUGGGUGAUGCUGAGAUCACCGAGCUCCUCAUCCUCUCUGGGGCCCGGGUCAACGCCAAAGAUAGUAUGUGGCUUACCCCUCUCCAUCGCGCUGUGGCAUCUCGGAGCGAGGACGCAGUGCGAGUUUUGAUCCGCCACUCGGCCGACGUGAACGCACGGGACAAGAACUGGCAGACGCCGCUGCAUGUUGCUGCUGCCAAUAACGCGCUGCGAUGCGCUGAGGUCAUCAUCCCGCUGCUGAGUAGCGUCAAUGUGUCGGACCGCGGCGGACGCACCGCCCUGCAUCACGCUGCCCUCAACGGUCACACUGAGAUGGUAAACCUCCUCCUCGCUAAAGGAGCCAACAUCAACGCCUUCGAUAAGAAGGAUGGCCGGGCGCUGCACUGGGCAGCUUUCAUGGGGCAUUUGGAUGUGGUGUGUCUGCUGGUGAGUCAGGGGGCGGAGAUCAGCUGUAAGGACAAACGGGGAUACACUCCCCUCCACACGGCGGCCUCCAGUGGGCAGAUCGCUGUGGUCAAACACCUGCUCAACUUGGCUGUGGAGAUAGAUGAGUCUAAUGGGUUUGGGAACACUGCCCUCCACUUGGCCUGUUUUAACGGUCAGGACGCUGUCGUGAGUGAGCUGAUCGAUCAUGGCGCCAACGUCAGCCAGCCCAACAACAAGGGCUUCACCCCACUGCACUUUGCUGCCGCCUCCACACAUGGAGCGCUCUGUCUGGAGUUCCUGGUCAACAACGGUGCUGAUGUGAACGUACAGAGUCGGGACGGGAAGAGUCCUCUUCACAUGACGGCAGUUCACGGUCGUUUCAGUCGGUCCCAGACCCUCAUCCAGAAUGGCGGGGAGAUUGACAGUGUGGACAAGGACGGCAACACCCCUCUCCACGUUGCUGCCCGCUACGGUCAUGAACUCCUCAUCAACACGCUCAUCACCAGUGGAGCAGACUGCACAAGGCGAGGAGUCCAUGGCAUGUUCCCUCUCCACCUGGCUGCCUUGAAUGCUCACUCUAACUGCUGCCGGAAGCUCCUCUCCUCAGGUCGGAGGUUUAGCAUAAUGUGUAACGACUCGGUCCUGUCCGCAGGCUUCCAGAUAGACACUCCUGACAGUCUGGGGAGGACCUGCCUGCACGCUGCUGCCGCUGGAGGUAAUGUGGAUUGUGUCAAGUUGCUCCUGAGCAGCAGUGGAGACCAUAACAGGAGAGAUAACUGCGGAAGGACCCCGCUCCACUAUGCGGCUGCCAGCCGUCACUAUCAGUGUCUGGAGACUCUGGUUGCUUGUGGCACUGCCAUCAACGCCACUGACCAGUGGGGGCGCUCUGCUCUGCACUACGCCGCUGCCUCGGACCUGGACAGGAGGCGUCGUGUUGCUCUGGAGCCAGAGAGUGAAGGAGUUCAGGCAGAGAAGGAGAAAGAGGCAGCGCUAUGUUUAGAGUUCCUGCUGCAGAGCGGAGCGACGGCCUCUCUGAAAGACAAACAGGGCUACAGUCCCGUUCACUACGCUGCAGCCUACGGACACAGGCACUGUCUGGAGCUGCUGCUGGACAGGGACGACAGUCACCAAGACGACCCUGAAUCUCACAACGCUCGGAGCCCGCUGCACCUCGCCGCAUACCACGGCCACGCUCAGGCCCUGGAGGUACUGCUGCAGGGGGAGAGGGAGGUGGACCAGGGGGAUGAGGCAGGGAGGACUCCCCUGGCUCUGGCCGCUCUCCGGGGUCACGCUGACUGUGUUCACACCCUCCUCAGCCAGGGGGCGUCGCCGCGCUCCACCGACACCCAGCACGGACGCAACCCCGUCCACCUGGCAGUGAUGAACGGCCACACGACAUGUGUGCGCCUCCUGCUGGAUGAAUCGGACAGUGCCGACCUCAUAGAUGCUGCUGACUCUCAGGGACAGACUCCUCUGAUGCUGGCGGUAGCUGGAGGUCACGUUGACGCCGUGUCGCUGCUGCUGGAGAGGGAAGCAAACGUCAACGUGGCCAAUAACCACGGCCUCACUGCGCUGCACCUCGGGCUGCUGUGUGGUCAGGAGGAGUGCAUCCAGUGUCUGUUGGAGCAGGAAGCCUCCAUUUUGCUCGGCGACAUGCGAGGUCGUACUGCCAUCCACCUGGCCGCGGCCCGGGGCCACGCCUCCUGGCUGAGCGAGCUGCUGAGCAUUGCCUGCUCCGAGCCGCCGUCGCUGCCCCCGCUGAGGGACCACAGCGGGUACACGCCGCUGCACUGGGCCUGCUACUACGGUCACGAGGGGUGUGUGGAGGUUCUGCUGGAGCAGAAGGGUUGUCGUUGUAUUGAUGGGAACCCAUUCACCCCUCUGCACUGUGCUGUGGUGAACGAUCACGAGCCGUGUGCAUCGCUGCUGCUGGAGGCGAUGGGGUCAGACAUCGCUGGCUGCAAAGACGCUAAGGACAGGACUCCUCUUCAUGCCGCAGCAUUCUCGGGCCACGUCGACUGUGUCCAGCUGCUCCUGUCCCACGACGCAGCUGUCGAUGCUGUAGACCAAUCAGGCCGCACUGCACUGAUGAUGGCGGCUGAGAAGGGCAGAGUCGGAGCCCUCGAGGUGCUGUUGACCAGCGCCAAUGCCAACCUCAGUCUGACGGACAAAGACGGCAACACCGCCUUGCAUCUAGCUUGCAGUAAUGGAAAGGAAGAUUGUGUGAUGUUCAUGCUGCAGAAGCUGUCAGACACUGCGCUUAUAAAUGCCACAAAUGCAGCGCUGCAGACUCCUCUCCACCUGGCGGCUCGUAGCGGUCUGAAGAAGGCAGUCCAGGAGCUGCUGUCCCGAGGAGCCAACGUUCAGACGGUGGAUGAGAACGGUCUGACGCCUGCUCUGGCUUGUGCUCCUAGCAGAGAGGUAGCUGACUGUCUGGCUCUCAUUCUGGCUACCAUGAUGCCUUUCUGCUCCCCUUGCAGCUCCGGGGCUCCCUCCCCAGGCUCCCUGCUGAGGCAGUUGCCCCACCAAGGGGGUAAAGGCCUGGGCACCGGCCCACGUGGGCCUCGCAGCCCCAGGAACCCCUCUGGACCCUCCAGUGAGGGAACCACCGAGAACGACUCUGAGGAUUCGGAAACCUUCUGACCCUUCUUAACAGACUCUCUGCCCUCCUACCUCGAACUGUGCACCUGAACUUGUAACCCCCCCCACCCCCCCUUUCCAGGAAUGAUGCGGUUUUAUUCUGUAACGUGCACUCUUGAGGGAGAAGGGUAGAGACUUGGUUGUGACACAGCUUGCAGGGCCUGUAUCUUCAUGUGGGCCCCUCCUGUGACACCAGGCUGGAGGUCCUGGACCGAUUACUGCAGCCGAGUAUUUUGCUCCAUGAAGCUGUGGCUGCAGAAGAAGAAGAACUCGAUCUGGAUCAGCCAUGGUUUGGGUCUGCAUGCUUGUGUUAACUUACACCACGGUUUGUUCUUUCUACUCACGGGUGCUUAAAUCCAAACCGACCUCGGUACUUAGUCUCUGCAUGGCCUAGCAGCUCGCCUCUGAGACUGGUUUUGUCUUAAAAAAAAAGCCAUUUUAAACUGUUUGUACAAAAUGAAGUAGACUAUUAAGAAAGCUAAGUGUAAUUUUAACCUUUUAUGAUUUUGGCUUGUUGUACCAAAUAUUGGACUUCCACACAUAAAUAAUUAACACGUACUGAAAGGUCACACAAGCAGGUACGUAGAGCUUGUUUUUAAACUGCAAACUAAAGCACAAAAUGGAAUUUGCUUUUAGGUUUUGAUGAACUUUGGCUGGAAUUCAAAGUGCGCAAGAUAUUCAGUAGUUUAAAUAUUCAACAUGGAAAGAGGAUGUGACACAGUGGGUGCAUCUCAGUUCCCUUAAUUGAGUCCCCGUUUCCCCUCACUGGCUCGAAGAGAUUCAGGAAAAGACAGGAUUUUUAGUCAUUAUUUGUGUCUGGAUUUACUGAUAUUCUGUUUGUAAGUUCAUUAUUAAAUAACUCAAAGAUG